AUGGAAGAUACAUCCCAUGACAACGAACAUUCUACUAACGGAGUUUCUGCGGGCGAGAAGGUCCAGGAAGAGAACGAACAGGAACCUGUAAACAAUCCUGACGACUUCCUACAACCAUCUGACGAAAAGAUCGAGACAUUCCAGAAGAAGGCUGUGCAGUAUGGCGAAACAGAAAUGAUUGAUGGCAAUGAAUUGAAGCCAUCGCAAUCGCUGUCGCUGAUCAACGAUUCAGAAGACGACGUUGCAAGAAACUCGCCCUUCUCUACCUUAUCGAGGUACCUGAACAAAUCGCUGGAUGACGUACGACGAAGGACUUCGGGUAGUCAGAUCUUCACAAAGUCUCCUUAUGUGCUGGAGAUUCAGCAGUUUUCCUCCAAGAAGAAACCCUUCAAAGGAGAGCUGAAAGGAGCUGGGAAGCAUGAAGACAAAGACGGCUCCAGCAGCCACAAUCGCUCACAAUCUGCGAUGUCGAGGCCGCCAUGGAACCAAGAAUGGCAGAGACCGGACGAGAACGGAAAAAGCUCGCGGGUCAAGACGGCGGGCUCACACAACGCGCGUCAAGCUGUCACUACUCCACUUGUCACUUUCUCUACCCUCAUGAAAGACGAGGCGUACAAGUUUGCCAGCUCACUGUCAUUGGCCGCCAUUCAUGAGAUGAUUUGGGCGCUGAAGAGAUGCAAACACACGUCGGAUGUUGAUCAGAAGACAACAAGCUUCCUCCGAUCUUUGUUUUCCUUCUCACUUUCUCCCUCGCACAAGGACGAGGACGAUGGGACAGGGGGAGAAGUUACGGCGAGGAAGAAGGAGCGGAAGUGGAUCACUAGAGAAGUGCUACUCGCGCUUUUGAGAGGGAUGAAGAUCUACUUGACAAGCAGCAGAGGUUGUGAGGAAGCGAAAAUGUGGUGGAAGCCGCUGCGCUAUGAUGAUGUUUACAAGGCGAUCGAUCCGCAGACGGAGGCUAGUGGGAUGACGAUGAAGAGCACGACUGGGAUCUGGCUGAACUUGAGACUUUCUUGGAGCAUGUUCGUUGGUUGUAUGAUGAGAGUCAGCCAUGCCCUCGAGGAGAACAAGUUGCUUGACAGCUCCAACGCAGACAAGGAGGAGGAGGAGGAAGCGAUGAACUUGGCAGAUCUCAGUGCCCAGGCAGCAAACAACCCUGACGUUGAAGUGGAAGAGAGCGACUGGAAGAACUACAACCCGAGCGAUGUUGAGGUGCAGGAGGUACAGGAGCUUUUCUUUCACGCAGGUAACGGCAAGAGGAGUUGCUCGCUGGACGCGCUGCAGCUGACGCUCUACAUGAACCGAUUCCUUCACACGUCAGUGUGCGAGAUGAUGAGGCUUGCGGAGAUGUUGUCGGACGCCAACGGGACGAUCUCAGCUGUGAACUUUGCGAGAGUGUUGGCUUGCUACAGGUCAAGCUACACCAAGAUCUCAGAUGUCAGUUUUGGGAUGUCGAACAUUAUCCGUCUAGUGCUUGUCCGUUUCGGGGACCCUGGGAGUUCGUUGCAAGUUGCGCACGCAUUGAGACAGAACGUGUUUCUCUCUCUUCAGAGCCAAGUGCACAAGAUGGGAGGGGAGAUGAAUGUCGAGUUUGUGGUGUUGAACAACGCCAAGAUGUCGCGGAGGAAUCAGAUGCGGUUGAUGCAUAGAAGGAAGUCAAGCGCUAGUGAGAGCUCAACAAACAUGAACCUUGCGAACAUGUCCAAGAUAGAGACAGAAAUGACGGACGACGACUUGAUCGAGUACUGUGAGGUCUGUCGGUCGUGGGCAGCGCAUGUGUGGGUUUGUUUCAUCCUCGAUGAGAGCGUCUUUCUUCCUAGCCUGCCGCCCAGGUGCUCCAGCGAGCAGUUUGAGGGUCUAUCGAGGAGUUUGCAGAUGAUGAACGAAAGGAAAUCUCUCGAUGUCCUGAACUCGAGCUACUCGUUGUUCCCGCAGUCGUCUGCAGCGAGUUACUGUCUUGAGUUUGAGAACCAUCAUCAUCACAGGAAGCUCCUGAAAGAACUGCAGAGGCUGACAGAGGACCCUUCACACAUUAUCUCGAGGUUGAAGUUGGAUGUGAACAUGUAUAACAUGCCGAGUGAAGUGCUCACUAGCGAGGUUGACAAGUUUCAACGACUUGUGAACUCCUUCCUCUCGCCGAACGAGGGAUGCUCGGCGAUGAUGAAAGUGGAGAAGCGAUUCCCCGUGUUUGUCAUCCUGAAGGAAAAUGCAGAGAACGUCAGUCAGCAGGGAGCUUACAAGUCAGUGUUGGAAGACGUUAUGUCAAGAAUCCCACCUGCCAACAAGUUUCGCUACAAGGUUUCUCCACAAGAGUUGCAGAUCGGCAAAUUACAGGACGUCGCGAGUAAGCAGAGCAAGAUACAGAGCUCUUUCAAAGGUGCAGCGUCAAAGCUGAACAAGCUAACAAAGAUGAAUUCUGUCUUUCGCAACUCGAGCAUACACUCUCCCAAGAAGCUCAGGAGCAUGCUUGAAGAGAUGUACCACAGCGACUCCGAUCUCAGCACCAACGAUGAAGUAGGAGAUUCGGUCUUGACCGAGAAGCAGUUCUUGCAGAAGGUAGCCAAGGAGGUCAAGGCUAUGUUGUCUCAGGCUCUAAUCCGAGCGAUCCCUCCCUCCCACAUGAUCGACAACACAGUGUUACACGUGCGAAGGCUGCAGAGUAUUCUGUACAUGUUGAAGGAGAUUGGAAAGUUGAAGGAUGCGAAUGGAAGACCAAGUUGUCCGGUUGACAAUGAGCAGCUUGCGGUAGUGAGGGCGAUUGUGAAGUACAUCGACUACUAUGAGUACUCCAAACAAAGUGACAAGACCAAGAGCAAUAUGGAGCAGGCAGAGCUGAUGGAGGAGAGGGGGAAGGAGCGCAAGAGGUAUGUUUGA